AUGCCUUGUGUGAUUGCUAACUGUGAAACUAAUCAGCAAACAAUGAAGAAAAACAAUAAAGAUGGCAUUAGAUUCAUACAAUUCCCGACAACGGACUACGCCAACGACAAGCUGAGAAGAUUGGCUAAAAAAAGGCUGUACUGGUGGUGUCUAAUGUGUGGAGUCGAUUUUACUACGACUUUAAUAAAUCAGUUACAUAUCUGUUCGCGACAUUUCUUCAAAGGAAACUGUGCGCCCUUAUGGGAUGAGCACAAUCCAGACUGGAUACCUAGUUUGUACAUAUCUCACGAUCUUCACAGAACACCGAUGCUUUCAUCGGUUCAAGAUUGCAAUGAGUUCAUAAGGAACGAACAGUUAACUGAGGAGUCGAUUGCCAACCCAUUAAUGGAUCAGGACCCCGAUCAUGCAACACUCCGGACGCUGCUGGUUGAUGAAAUUAUUGCAUAUUCGAUCGGACGAACUUAUUUCUUGCUAGACGAAGAAAACGGCAAGCCAUCUACAAUGAUUUACGACGCUAAAUGUCUCUCGAAAGAGCUAAAGAAAUGCCUUACGCCAACUUCUGCCGUGGGUAAGAUGGUGCUCGAAACAAACGCACCACACUGCCCGGAGGGAAUGUUUUGCCACAAUAGCAACGUCACAGAGAUGGAUCUUUCAGAAGAGCCACGCUGGGAAACGGAAAAAAUCAUCAUGUCCCUGCAGCAUAGUGUACUUAAUUUGAUCAAUCUAAUGGACACUGAUGGCCAAAAUGCACAUUGA